AUGCUUAGCGUCUCCUUCAGUCUGUCAACUCGACGACCGAAAGAUACGAGGAAUAAUAUAUUAGACACGAAAGAAUUCACAGUUAGCAUUAUCAGUGAAGCUUUCACUGAGGCAUCGAAUUCUACAUCGGUAGAAUCUCCUGCUAAUGCCGACGAAUGGAUUAUCAGUGGUCUGACUAGGGAACCGAGCACCAGUGUGAAGCCACCGUUCGUCCGAGAGAGUGCCGUCGCAAUGGAAUGUGAGUUGUACAGCUCUCAGGACGUUGCCAUCCCUACUACAGCAGAGCCUACUGCCACGUUUGUUCUCGGGCUCAUAAAGAACAUCCACGUUCGAGACUCCGUGUUGAACGAGGACGGCAUGACGGUUGAUCCUGCGAAACUACGGCCUAUAUCACGCCUUGGAGGAACAACAUACGCACGACUACUUCAAGGCUUCGAUAUACCCCGGAUUUCUUGGAAGGUGAUUCGAGAUGAAUACCAGAGCCUUAAGCAGCAUGGAAGCUCUUAA